AUGUCGUCAUACGCCAAAGAGCUCGAAGUAGCACAGCUAGCCGUCCAACGCGCUUCCAUCCUAACCAAGAGAGUCUUCCACGAGAAGGCCAAAGGUACCGUCUCUAAGGAUGACAAGUCUCCUGUUACAAUCGGUGAUUUCGGUGCCCAGGCCCUUAUUAUUAGCGCCCUGAAGGCAAACUUCCCCGACGAUGAAAUUGUUGCCGAGGAAGAAGCUGCUCAGCUACGUCAAGAUAAGAACUUGAAGCAUACAAUCUGGGACUUAGUUUCAACCACUCAGCUUUCCGACCCCGAGGCCGAGAGUCUGCUUGGAGGAGCUAUCGAUAACGAGGAGGCUAUGUUGACUAUGAUUGACUAUGGAAAUAGCAAGGGUGGUGCUAAGGGUCGUAUAUGGGCUAUUGACCCUAUCGAUGGUACCAAGGGCUUCUUGCGUGGUGGCCAAUACGCUGUAUGCCUUGCCCUGAUGGUGGACGGUGAUGUUAAAGUUGGUGUUUUGGGUUGCCCGAACCUCCCUAUUGACGACACUGCUACGUUAACGGGAGGCAUGGAAUCCGGUCAGACAGACGAGGGAAGGGGAGUCCUAUUCUCUGGCGUGUUGGGCCAAGGUGCUACAAGCCGCGCGUUGACUACUGGUGAAUUGGCUAAGGAGAAGAGCAUUUCCAUGAGGGCAAUCACCGACAUCGCAGCAGCAACAUUUUGCGAGAGCGUAGAGGCCGGUCACUCGUCCCACGGAGACCAAGCUGAAAUCGCGAAGCUGCUCGGCAUUACAAACCCUAGCGUGCGGAUGGACUCUCAGGCCAAGUAUGCUUCUAUUGCGCGAGGCGCGGGUGACAUCUACUUGAGAUUACCUGUCAGUGCGACAUACCAGGAGAAGAUCUGGGAUCACGCCGCGGGUGACCUCAUCGUCCGAGAAGCUGGAGGUGCCGUAACAGAUAUUCACGGAAAGUCGUUGGACUUUAGCAUUGGGCGAACACUAUCGAACAACAAGGGUGUCGUCGCUGCUCCUGCUGCUGCCCACCCGCAAGUUCUAAAGGUGGUGCAGGAGGUGCUCUCGAAGAAAUAA